GGAGAACAAAGGAGAUGCAUCUUAGAUCGAUCUGGAUACAAGGAAGUUCCCGGAUUAUGUCAUCCGGGAUAACAGCAAGCGUGGAAAAUUAGAAACGGCUAUAAAUGUCAUGGACGGGACGGCCUUUUCACUUUGAUGUCCACGCCCUUGUACUCUUUCACUUCCACCGCCACCACCACCACCACUGCCGAGCUUCCCACCUCUACCAAGCGCCUUUAUCCUUCGUCUUCCACUACCACCACCACCAUCUUUGAAGGCGAGCCACCUCACAAGAAGCAGCGAAACAUGUCCGGCCUAAGGAGAACCCAUUCUUACCUUUCUCUCACGGACCUGCCCAACCAGCCGCAGCAGUCGAUUUACAUGACGCCACCUACACGGGGCAGAUGUCGAGGACGGAAACUCAGCAUGGCCCCACCACCAGCAGGCGGCGACUUUCGGGCCUGUCUCGAGGCGUCGAUGGCCCUGAGCCUCGCUCCUAUUACCGACCCCUACAACACUCGCCAGAGGCAAGCGCGCCCAGCGCCGCCUGCUCCAGUCGCGUCGACGUCGUCAGGCUCUAGCGCCACCAUUUCCCAUGCCACGUAUUCCUCAGCGCCACGCGUCUCCUCUCCUCUCUCCCCCUCUUCGCGCACCUCUUCGUGCUCCUCACCCUUUUCUCGUCCGCGAAAAGGAAAAGCGGAGCCGGACCUGCACCGAAUAGCCAUACAGACAUGUAUGCGGUCAACGUCCGAGGGCCAGAAGGUGCUGAACAUGGGGCCGCGGAUCGCGAUGAGCAUUGCCAAUGCCACGCGCGAGCUUGAGCGAAUUGUGACCGAGGGGGGGAUGGACUCGUUUGAGAAACGGGCUGCAGACGAUGAUGUUAUCAUGGGUGACUCGAUGGCCGAACCGUGGGUCAAUGUGUCGAGAGGCGACGACUGGGAGAUGAUUCACUGCGGCGCGUAGCCUAGCCUUCAUCCUCCACGCUACAUCCGCUGCCAAGCAUUCGAUUUUCCUUUCUCUCUCUUCGUCGCGCAUUAUCUGGGUUAUGGGGCUUCUUGGAAUAUUCAUCUGUAUUUCUACAUGCAUCACAUUUUCGGGUAUCUAUCUAUCUAUCUAUGUUGCCAUUGUUUUCUCACUUCUGUAAUGUUACCUGCACAUAUAUCCUUCUAACUACCAAACUAUUGUAAUACAUAUCCGUUUGGGUAUUAAGCGGUAUUUCCUUCAUUCAGUUGAACGAAAUCAGUAUCAAGAUGCUGAUGACUCGUAUUGAAACGAACCGGGCGCUCUUGGCUAUCUAUAGAAUCAUAAUAUGAAUAUCUCGUAACUAUCAAAUCC